AUGGCCACAUUCAACCUAAGCAGCUACAACCCCAGCUCCUUUACCCUAGUGGGGAUCCCAGGGCUUGAGAAGUUCCACAUCUGGAUCGCGAUUCCUUUCUGUGCUAUCUACCUUGUGGCCAUUGCAGGUAACUGUGCCCUGCUGUACCUCAUUGCUGUGGAGCACAGCCUCCAUGAGCCCAUGUUCCUUUUCCUUUCCAUGCUGGCCCAAACUGACUUGAUUCUGUCAUCUACCACAAUGCCCAAACUGCUCAGUAACCUCUGGUUUGGUGACAAGAAAAUCACCUUCUCAGGCUGCCUCACCCAGAUGUUCUUCCUCCAUAUACUGAGUGCUGUCUUCCACCUCCCUUCUCAUGGUGCCCGCCAGAAGGCUCUUGGAACCUGUGGGUCCCACAUCUGUGUCAUCCUCAUGUUCUAUACUCCACUCUUCUUCUCUAUCCUUGCCCAUCGUUUUGGACACAAAGUCCCACGUCAUUUCCUCAUCCUGUUUGCAAACUUUUAUGUCACUAUUCCUCCAGCUCUCAACCCCAUUGUCUAUGGAGUGAAGACCAAGCAAAUUCGUGGUAAGAUUCUCCUCCUAUUUUCUCCAAAGCGGACACUGUGA